UACCUGUCUUGGGUGAAGGAUUAUGCCUGAGGAUCAGACUGGGUCUACUGCGUCUAUCAAGGAAGCCAAGACCACAAAACGUGAAGAAGAAGAUGAUGGGUAUUGAAAAAAAAAGAGGUUAUAUAUUUUGUACAUAGUGCAUGUUGUGUUUACUGUUUAAAUAAGUACAAGAAAAUGCAGAAUUCAAACGAGUGUCAGUUACAAAUAAGGUUAUUAACAAAACAAAAUAAAUAUGCUGUUCCAGAUGUGCCCCUUUCGGUACCCGAAACCAUAGAUUCCAAAUCCCUCAAUGACUUAGUGAACCAGUUAUUGAGAGACAGUAAUCCAGAUUUUUUGAAACCCAAAGACUUUGAUUUUUUAGUGACAAAAGAGCUUUUAAGGGUUCCUCUUGUAGAGCACUUGCAAGAGCGCAAUAUAUCAACAGAAGUUAUCGUUGAAGUAGAAUAUAUUGAAAGGACUCCCGCUCCGGAACCUGAAGACUCACUUUUACAUGACGAUUGGGUAUCCGGUGUAGCAACAGCUAAUAAAUGGAUUAUCACUGGAUGUUAUGAUUAUUCUGUUAAUGUAUGGACAACUCAUGGCAAAAUUGUAGCAACAUCAAAAGAUCACAAAAAUGUGGUAAAAGCUGUGGCAUGGAUAGAUAAAACUGAACCUUCCAAAGGUUUUGUUAGUGUUUCCCAUGAUUUGACUGGCAUUAUAUGGGCUUUUGAACCAGCUACUGGUAAUGUCACUUCAAAAGCAUUUCUCAGAGGCCAUGAAAGAGGCAUUGACAGCCUAGGUAUCAGCCCUAAUUCUUUGAGGAUAGCUACAGGAGGUUGGGACACCCACCUCAAACUCUGGUCUUCCUCCUUAGAGGGUGAUGAGGAGCCAGCGAAUAAGAGGAGUAGGGGGGUUUAUACUGGCAUCACGAAAACACCUCUGCACACCCUCAGUGGACACAAAGAGAACAUUUCUUCGGUGAAUUGGGUAGACAAUUAUGUUAUAUGUACUGCCUCUAUGGACCACACAAUCAAAUUCUGGGAUGCAGAGCUUUGUGGCAUCAAAAACGAAAUUGUCGGCCAAAAAGCGUUCCUCAGCUCUUCCUGGUCACCACUUUCUAAUUGCCUACUUGCCACCUCUGCAGAUCGACAUAUACGUCUUUAUGAUCCAAGAUCCUCGGAGGGCAAUUUAUGCAAAACAACCUUCACAUCUCACAAAUUGUGGGUCAGCUCUGUCACAUGGUCGGAUUAUGAUGAACACUUAUUUUUAUCAGGAGGGUAUGAUUCUUCUGUGAAACUUUGGGAUACUAGAAGUUCCAGAGCACCACUUUAUAAUCUAGAAGGACAUCAAGGACAAGUACUAGGAGUGGACUGGUCAAAUAAAAAAUAUUUAAUUUCAGGUGGUAGUGAUAAUGUUGUUCAUAUUUUCAAGAAUAAACAUAUUUAAUAAAGACAUAGCCAAACUAA